GAGAAUGCUAUAUAUAUAUACUGUCUACGUCGGUAGAAAGCGACCAGCACGUGGUAGAUUUGCACCGACGCAUCACCAAAUGAUGAGUAGUGAACAUGUCAAUUUUCUUUUUUUCUGUAUUUCACCCACUCUUGAUUCAAAUAUGCUUCGUGAACCUGGUGUGCUCCACACAAAUUGUCAUUAUCCACCGCUUUAUUCAGCCUUAAGAAAUCUAUAUUUAUGUCACCCAUCACGUGUCUAGUGCGUACCUGAUUCGUUAUCGCGGUUGGUCCAUUGUUUAAUGAAGGUUCUUAUCGUCUAAUGUGCAAUUUUUGUUAAGGAGUUUCUCGGUUUAUAACCCGACAACUUCCAUCCACUCGACCACGAGGUAAUUUUUCACCUCUGCGCAUUAAUCACGACGCUGGGAUGAGGAGGUCGAUCUGCCGAACAAACGUUGCGCAAGCUAUACAUAAUCAAUUCCGUCGUACUCUCAUUCACAGUUCUCCAAGAUGGCGCCCUGAAUUGGCAUUUUCAACGUCUGCAGAUGUCGAGAUACCACCAUUUCGAAAAGAAACCCUUCCAUUUAAAUUCGAAACUGGAUUUGCCUUAUUUGCUAAGAGACAGCCUCGACCUUUCCCGCCUCCAUUUCUAUCCCCUCCAUCGGGAUCCUUUUCCGAUCCUUUAAGUACGCAUCAUAGGAGUCGCGACAGAAGACCUUCUGUGAACGGUGAGGUAAUUAGGGGAUAUACAAAUGGCGACGAUGCAGUUUACUGCAGUGACUACUUCAUUGGCGCAAACGAUGGUGUCGGCGCCUGGUCUACAAGAGAAGGUGGCCAUGCAGGUUUAUGGUCAAGACUAAUAUUACACUUCUGGGCUGUGGAAGUAGAAAAUGAUGCAAGAAGACCUCGACCUGCAGGAAAGUACUUCGAGCCGAAUCCUGUUGAUUAUCUACAAAAGGCGUAUGAGCAAACGAUUCAAGCGACUGCGAAUCCGAAUAAAUGGCAAGGCACAACUACAGCUACCGGGGCACAAUUACAUUAUAAAUUAGAUGAGACAGAUCUUACCGCGCCCGCCACUCCUCUCUUAUAUGUUACCAACAUUGGCGAUUCACAAGUACUAGUCAUAAGACCGAAACAGGAGGAACGUGUUUGGAAGACUACAGAGCAAUGGCAUUGGUUCGACUGCCCUCGACAACUUGGCACAAAUAGCCCCGACACGCCUGCUAACAAUGCUGUCAUGGACAAAGUGGAAAUUGCGGAAGAUGAUGUCGUUCUUGCCAUGUCUGAUGGCGUAAUUGACAAUUUAUGGGAGCACGAAAUAAUUGAAAGUGUUGUAAGCAGCAUUCGUAGGUGGGAGCGAGGUGAGGGAGGUGUAGGUACUGGAGAUCGUCAAGGCGGUGCUGGAGGUGGCAUGAAAUUUGUGGCCGAUGAGCUCAUGAAAGCCGCGAAAGUGAUCGCGCAAGAUCCUUUCGCAGAGAGCCCCUUCAUGGAGCAUGCUGUCGAGGAAGGUCUUGCUAUGGAAGGAGGCAAACUAGACGAUAUAAGUGUAGUUGCAGCUCUGUGUAAACGCAGUAACGGAUGAAGUGAAGUAGUUGUAUAAGUUGAGGUAUCUGGGACACGGAAGAUAUAAUCUCAGGUUUGAAGUAAUUAGAAGCUGUUCAAGCAAUAGCAACUCGCGCCAAGAGGCACAUAGGGACAAUUGUCAGGGGGAAGAAGAACAGAAGACUCCGAUUUACCAGGGACGGAAAUCGUGACAAGAGAUGGGCAGAGUGAGGAGGUCGGCGGGUAGGAGGAAUACAAGGCGUACGAACCAUCCAUGUAAUACGUAUUAAUAUUUAGGCAGUAUAUAGACUUUUGUACAUUCAUAUAACAUCAAGAAACGACCUUGAAAGUACUCGCUAGACUCCUAUCCUUUGAUUCUAGACUUGCUGGCCUGGCUCGCAGCAAAUACUAGGAAGUCAUUGGGCCAUUGGGUCAUUGGGAAAACCCACCCUAGUUACCGAUAAGUUCUUAUCGUUAAAUUUAUCGGAUAAAAAAAUUAUCAAUCUUCA